AGUAAACAGUGAGGGGCCUAUUUUAGGGAAUAUUAAAAUUGAUAGUCAUGCGGUCUUGUAAGAUGGAGGACAAAUAUGACAUUAAAAGGUUUUAAAACUGUCAUGAUAGCCACUAUAUAAAAAUAUAGGUGCCUGUGCUUACAGACUAACAGAAACAUGCAGAGAGACUGGCUGCGUUAGUAUGAUAAAAUUGGACAAUUUUAUUUUCUUUCAGUUUUUAAAUGUUUUACUGACAUAUAAUCACAUACUAUACAGUUUCUCCAUUUAAAGUAUGUACAUAAUUCAGUGGUUUUUGUAUAUUCACAGAAUUGUACAACCAUCGUAGUCCGUUUUAGAACAUUUUCUUUCAUCACCCCAAAAGGAAACCCCACACUCGCCAUUCUCUCUGCCCAUCCACCCUCCCAGCCUCUGGAUUUGCCUGUUCUGUAUGUUUUAUAUAAGGAAUCAUAAAAUACACGGUCCCUCUAUUAAAAAUAUUUUUUUUGUUGAUUUCUGAGAGGAAGGGAGGAGAUAGAAAUAUCAAUGAUGAGAGAGAAUCAUUGAUCAGCUGCCUCCUGCAUGCCCCCUACUGGGGACCGAACCCACAGCCUGGGCAUGUAUGUCCCCUGACUGGGAAUCGAACUGUGACCUGGUUCAUAGGUCGACAUUCAACCACACUGGCCAGGCCACUGAGCAUGUUUUCAAGGUUCAUCCAUGUUGUAGUGUGUGUCAAUACUUCAUUCCAUUUUUUUUUUAUGGUGUCCUUUGAAGCAGUUUUUAAUUUUAAUGAAAUUUAAUUUAUCUUUGUUUUUUUGUUGCUUGGAUUUAGUCCCUCUGGCCCUGACACUGAUUCAUUAGGUUUAAUAUUUAAGCCUCGUGACUCCCGGACCCCUCUCCCCUGGCAGGAUUGUUUGGGGCCUCCAUCACUAUAUGGUUCUGAACUGAACCUGGUGGGCUCUAGGAGGCAGCCACAUACACGAGGGGAGUUGCCUUCAUUGGAUCUUUGUUCAGAAUCUAAACAGUUGCUCAAUGAACCUUGUGAAGGAAAUGAGGAAAAGUGUUUCACUUAACUGACACCAUCUUCCUUCUCACCCUAUUCCACCCAACAAAGAAGGACACAGCUGGCUCUGAGAGCCGAUGCUGGGGCGCUGGUCUGGGCCUGGUGGGGAGAGAUGCAGGGGACCAGCCAUGGCCCCUGGGAGAGAACAGCUGUGAGAAGGGGAAGGGGGAUCUGAGGAGUGGGUAGGUCCGAGGGAAGGUGCUGGGCAGCAGGGGGUGGGGGAGACCAGAUGAAUGAGGGAGGGAGUGUGGCUUCGAGGAGACCAGUUGUCCAGGUCCGGCCCAGCCCUGGUGCUAAGGGAGCUGCUUGUUCUCCCCAUGAAACAGCUCCCCACAGUCCUGCGUGUCCCACUGGAAGGAGCCUCACCUGUCUACCAACUCUGAGUACCUAGGAUUUGAGGUUCAGGAGAAGCCUCGAGGAUGUCUAAUGACCCGCCCCCUCCUUAUCCUGGAGGCCCCACAGCCCCCCUCCUGGAGGAGAAAAGUGGAGCCCUGCCAACCCCAGGCCAAACCUCCCCUGCUGUGAUGCAGCCCUCGGCAGGCAUGUCACUGCCUCCUGCAGACAUUGGCCCCCCACCUUAUGAGCCACCAGGUCACCCAGUGUCCCAGCCUGGCUUCAUCCCUCCACAUGUGAAUGCAGAUGGAGCCUACAUGCCUCCGGGUUUCUACCCUCCUCCAGGUCCCCAUCCACCCAUGGGCUAUUACCCGCCAGGGCCCUACCCUCCAGGGCCCUACCCACCAGGGCCCUACCCUGGUCCUGGCGGACACACAGCCACGGUCCUGGUCCCUUCAGGGGCUGCCACUACGGUGACAGUGCUGCAGGGAGAGAUCUUUGAGGGUGCACCUGUGCAGACAGUGUGUCCCCACUGCCAGCAGGCCAUCACCACCAAGAUCUCCUACGAGAUUGGCCUGAUGAACUUCGUGCUGGGCUUCUUUUGCUGCUUCAUGGGGUGUGACCUGGGCUGCUGCUUGAUCCCCUGCCUCAUCAACGACUUCAAGGAUGUGACGCACACGUGCCCUAGUUGCAAAGCCUACAUCUACACGUACAAGCGCCUGUGCUAACGGAGCCUGGACUGGACUCCCCGCUGUCAGUCUGGACUCCUGUGCUUUGCUCCCUACACUCAGUGGCUCUGUCCUCACUCCCGCUUGGGGGUGGAAGGUGUUCCACCAGUCCCCUGGAACUCUUGUCUUCUUUGCCUUGCCCUUCCCUGAGCAUCUGACCUCCGGCAAAAUUGUUGGAUUUAAGGCCAAGAGUCAGCAAGUGGCAGGGAGCUGGCACUGAGCAUGUAUGUUGCUGGUUUGCUUGGUGUUUGAUUAGGAAGAUACACUGGGAAAGGUCUCUACUGGGGUCUCACUCCUCUGUUCUUAUAUGAGGUAUAAGUUUGGUCCUUAUUCUCGUGGAGCCAAAAGCAGCCAGAGCAAUGGCUAGUUUUCCAGACCUGGGCCUACAGUGGGGCUGUUCUUGUAGCCACAGUUUCUAAUCUGCUGGGCCAAGAGUGGGGACGUGAACCCAAACAGGACGGAGUCCUAGGCCAGGGUUCCUGGGGUGCUAGAGGUGGAAUGACUCCCACCAGAACUCUCAGGAACUCAACACCUUGUCCAGGUGCCCAGCAGCCUCAUGGAAUUAAGAGUCAGCACAACUGCUAUUCAUGGGAUAAGUGAUUUGGCCCUGGCUCACCAAGAGACUUGCCUCUGGCCCCUGCCUAGCUCCCCUUCCACAUGCCUCUGUGAACAUGUCUUUACUGGGGCCAGAAGGAAUCCCCAGGAGCCCAGCCCCUCUGUCCAAAACAUAUCCUUGCUGCGUGUGGGCAUGACCUUUGCCUGGAGGCUGAUGUAUUCCAACUGGGACCAGAGAUGGCAGAUAGGCCCCUCCCUGCAGGCACACUCAAGGUUUACAGUGCUCUCUGUAGAUCCUCUCUCUAAUGAACGCUGGGCGCUUCACCCAGGUUGACUCACUAUCACUGUGCUUGCUCCAGGCACUAUAGCAGGAACAACUGUAGCACUGGAUUGGGGACCAGGAAGGAGCAACCACAAGUGGCGGAGUACCCUGGUGGACUAGCCCUACCCUGGGCCUGAGGCCAUGCUGUCUGUCUUUUCUGAAUGGUUUGUCGGUGAACUUGCACCUGUGGACUGCUGUACCCUGCUGCCACCCCUCUCCUGGUCUCACACUGCCACUGCAUGGCCUUCUCUCACUGUGAAUUGUGACCAGUCUGUUUGUAGUUUCUCAUUAAAUUGGUCCGUUCACUCCCCUGACCUGGGCCUCUGCUCUCUUGCCUGGCUUCCUUCUUUUGCAAGGGGAAGAGGGUGGGGCUACAGGUAGUCUUAAGGGCAGGGGGUCGUCUUCAGGGUCUCUCAGUGCUUAUGCUAUACCGACUGCCAGGGAUGACACUAACAUUUAAGUACCUAAUUAAAUUUAAAACAAGCCAGAGUUCGUCUGGAGGAGCCCUGGCAUUCCAGCUAUGACUGGGCCAGGGCAUGUGUUGACUAUCUUACUAUCUGAUACUGGUUUUACCCAUCUCCACAUCACAGCAUCCACCAUGGGAUCUAUAGGCUGGAGCCCUCCAACUGAAGCUCAGGGUCAUCCUACUCUGGAAGCAGGUAGCUUUACUCCCUUAAGCAAGACAGAGACACUGGGCUAAGGCUUCGGGGGCGGGGGGGUGGAGAACAGUUUAGGCCCCCAAGUUCUGGGCCAGCUCUGCCCCUACCCUCAUCUGAAUUGUAGGGGUAGGUAGUCUUGGUCAGUAGUUUUAAAAAAAAGCUUCCCCAUCAUUUAACCCUUUUGUGAAUAAAAUGUUCAGAUCCUCAAUUAUAUAAAACAAUAGAUGCCUAUUAAUAAAAAUAUUUAAGUUCACAUUUCUAUUUUAGACAAUCAAUUAUUCAAUACAAGUACAUGGUUUUUUAUGCUUAUUUAUAAGGUAACUAGCAGUCUUGGAACACAGCAGGAGGAGGAUGUCAGAGACCAGCGAGGAUGACAUCUGUGCCAGGAAGGAGGCAGCUGUCAAGAGUCCACUUUAUUGAGUGCUGUAGCAUGACACAGGUCAGGAGGAGAUAGGCCAUGGCUGGACGCACCCCACUUGGGCGUUUCUGCUAGAGACAGAUAAGGACUGGCUGCCCAGGCAAGCCUGGCUUCUGUCUGCUCACCACAUGCCCAGGUGAGCCCCCCAGUAGAGCAGGAGCAUCCGGGGAGUCCCUUCCCUCCCACGGGGCUACAGCACCUCGCCUUGGCCUGGCUGGCUGCUCCGCUCCCAGCAGGGGAAAGAUACCCACCUAAAUGAUGACACAGCAG